AUGAUUGAGUCAGCGGGACAUAUGAGACCGGGUGUAAAAGGUCCAAGUUAUCAUGAAUUACGAGUUCCUCUUUUGGAGAAGGGGGUAAAAAAGACGCAAGCAUUGAAGGAAAAACAUGUUAUUGCUUGGAAGCAAUACGGAUGUUCACUUAUGGCCGAUGGGUGGAAGGAUAAAAGAGGGCGGCAUUUGAUUAAUUUACUCGAGAAAAUUGAAGAAAUUGGAAAAGAAUACGUGGUUCAGGUAGUAACGGACAAUGGUGCUAAUUUCAAGGUAGCGGGUAAUAUAUUGGAGCAGCGCAUACCCACUUUAUAUUGGACUCCUUGUGCAGCUCAUUGUUUUGAUCUUAUGUUGGAAGAUAUCGGAAAAUUGUCUGUUUUCCGAGCAAAGAUUGACAAUGCAAGAAGAGUUACUACCUAUAUCUAUAAGCACAGCUUAUAUAAACAUAAGGAUGCUUUGAGGAGCUUAUUUUUGAGCGAAGAUUGCACUGCAUCGAAAUUGGCUAAUACAAAUGUCGGAAGAUUAGUAGCAAACACGGUAUUGUCUUCUCCUUUUUGGACUGGUGUGGAGUAUUGUAUAAAAGUGUCGCAUCCACUUUUAAUUGUUUUGAGGAUCGUUGACGGGGAUGAGAAGCCAGCGAUGCCGGAUCUUGUAGUAGCGAUGAAUGAAGUUAAAAGGAAAAUCAAAGAAGAUUUUGAGAAAAAGCCAAAUUUGUUGAAAGAAGUUAUGCAUAUUAUCGAUUUUCGGUGGGAGGAUCAAAUGGAAGUCGAGUUGUAUGGAGCUGCAUUAUUUCUUAAUCCUUCCAAGUACUUGGAUCUCAAGGUGAGUGAUAAUGCAUAUGCUCGUAAGACACAAGCUAUGUUUAAUGAUGUUCUUGAAAAAAUGGUCAUUGAUGAUGAAUUGCAAACAAAGAUUUGUGAUCAAGUCGAUGAUUAUGAUAAUACGCGGGAAAGCUUCGGAAAACAAUUGGCUAUUAAGAAACAAAAGUUGAUUGGUGGAAUGCUUUUGGAGGACUUCAUUUCGAGCUUCAAUCACUUGCUUUCCGUACAAUUAGUCUUUGUUGUUCGUCCUCCAGGUGUGAACGCAAUUGGAGGUCAUUUGAAUUUAUUUCAAAAGAGGCGCGAGGAAGGAAAGAACUUCAAUCCUUUGGUGUUGGAGGAAUUUGAAUGGGAUAAUGAGUGGGUUUUUGACACCAAUGAUGUAGUUCAUUCGGGAGAGGAUCUUACAUGGAGUCAUGUUGAUGAAGCUAUGGGUGCAUCGGCCAAUCUUGAACGCCGCAAUAUUCCUACAAGGAGAAAUAUCGGAGAUACAUCGGAUGCUGACAUUGAUGAUGAUGAUUUGGAAGAUAUUCCUAGUGGUAGUGGUGAACUUGAGCUCUUUGAUUGUUGA